CCCGAACGAACGUUACGUGACCUCUUUUCAUCCUUAAAUGAACGGAACGAAAUUUUAAAUUCUAACCGCAUGUUUUAGUUAAAUUGUGUAUUAGAUUUUAAUAAGGUGUAUUUGCACAAAAUUUGUGUUGUGUUGCAAUUGAAGGGGAUUACAUGUAACUAUAAUUUAAGAGGAUCCAGCGAUGUCACAGAACAUUGGCUCGAAAAGAUGCACUGAGUUAGAUAUUUUACGUAUACUGCGGAAAGAAGGAUAUUCCUUAACCCAUGUAAACAGUUAUGGCGAAAACUUGUUGCACAUUUGUGCCGUCAAUGGGUGCACUAAUAUAAUUAAAGAGAUAUUGCAGACAAAUCAGUUGUGUAACGUCGAUCAAAAGAAUAAAUUUGGGUGGACUCCUUUAAUGCAAGCAAUUCGCAAUGGCCAUGUGGAAACAGUCAAACUACUCUUACAGUAUGGCUCCGAUGUCAAUGAAUCAACAUAUUUAGGUAUGUCCGUCAUCGGAUUGGCAACAGCAAUUGGUAAAGAAAUGCUCGAAAUUGUUUCCAAUGCUUGUCCAGUUUUACUGAAAAAUGUUGUUCACGAAGAUAUCACGCCACUGUGUAUCGCUGCUUUGAAAAAUGAUAAAGAAUUGUUUUUUACUAUAUCGAGACAUCAUUUUGAUAUUUCUAUUGAAAAUGAAUAUACUCAUCUUAUGAUAAGAAAAUCAACUGUCCCAGAAAUAGCGAGUUUGGCUAAGACUCGUCUGGAAUUAGAUGAUUAUUGGAAUGAUAAUUCUGACCUGAUUGAAGUCGAAUCUUCCAACGAAAAUGUAGCAAGUAAAUCAUUUACAUUCCCUGACAUCGAUAAUAAAGCAAACGAGGAUGAUUCCACACAAAAACGAGUUAAAAAGUUCUGCAACGACAUCACUGACCAGAAAGAUAUUCUUGAUACUAAUAUCCCCGCUAUACAGAUUCGUCGUGAUAGCUGCAACAAUUUAAGAAUUGAUCCAAAUACUAUGCAAAUAAGUUUCCCAGUGUCUAUAAUGGCCAAACCGAAAAGUUUGAUAUCUCCAAAUUUGACAUACAAUCGAGAUACUCAGUUCCCCUUGUCACCUGGCAUGUUCGUCCCAGAAAAUCAAUUUUAUUUAACUUCAUGUGAAACAAUGCAAGGAGACAUGGGAGAUGGGCCACUAAAUUCUCGUGCAUCAGAAAUUGUAGGAGCUAUGGCGACUACGACAAUUCCACAUUUGUCGACACCUCCUUUAAAUAGAUGCCAGGAAGAACAUCCUUCAGAUUCAAAUGUCACCAGUUCAACUGAUGAUCCCAACGUUACCUUAACCUUUGUGCCAGAAUUCAGUCCGGUUCACUCGCCACAUAUUCCACGUGACAUUAACGACGAUAACAGUGUUUUUGGUGAAAAUACCCCUACACCACCACGUUCCAAAAUUCCACUGCACAGAGAAAUUCUUAGUGCACAACAAAAUAAGAUGGUUCUUUUAUUGGAGCAGUUCGGGUUGAAUCGUUUCAUUCCCCUAUUUUUAGAACAAGAGGUUGAUGCGGAGCUCUUUUUAAUGCUUAAUGACGAGGAUUUGUUAGAGUUGGGAAUAACCAAUAAGCUAGAUCGCAUAAUACUGUUGGAAAUAAUUAUGUCGUUAAUCAAUAUCGGGCAUCCAAUUAAUUAUGAUGUCAACUUUUAAAAGUGUUUUAGAUAAUGAUGUAUUUAUUGUGUCUCCUUGUGUAAUGUAGGGCAUCCAAUUAAUUAUGAUGUGAACUUUUAAAAGUGUUUUA